AUGUUGACUAGAAUUACCAAGCGAUGUCGUGCUCCAAGUGAUGAUGAUGAUGAGUACAUUUCAUCCACUCCUACGUAUCAAUCAUCACCUAUGAAAGUAUUUUUACAGACGACAAGACGUGAUGGUUUUUACUUGAAUCAACUCACGUCGUCCAUUUCAUUACCCCACGAGUGGUCUCAACCUAAAGUCACAAUCGAGGCCACGACAGAUCAUAACGCCACUCGAUUAAACGAGAAAUGCCGUAAAUUAGCGUCAUUAAUUGCUCAUUCAAAGCAUUUAGUGGCUUUUACAGGUGCUGGAAUUAGUACAUCGGUAGGAAUUCCCGAUUAUCGUGGUGAAAAUGGCAUUCGUACGAAACAAAAGGGUGAUACUAAACUCAAGCGUACUAAACAAACCAAGAAACAACGUCAUGAGGACAAUGAAAAGACGUUAUUGGAGGUCGAGAUGCUGAAUAUCAAUUCAUUAAUACCCUCGACAACGCACAUGGCGUUACAGGAGCUCUAUCGCUUGGGGUUUUUAAAGCACCUUGUGUCUCAAAAUGUGGAUAAUUUGCACUUAAAAAGUGGUCUCCCUGCGACGGUAUUAACGGAAGUACAUGGGAAUGCAAUGCAAGCAAAAUGUGAAACAUGUGAGAAGAUUUAUGUGACGGAUUUUCCAUGGACGGGCUUAUGUACUGAUCCUGAUUGUAUCAGUACGAAGCGAUCUAUUGAACAGAGAUUACGAGCACGAACGCGGCAUGGCAAUGGACGAUUGAAACGAAAUGUUGUUGGAUUUGAUGAACCAUUGGGCGAUAUUGAUUGUGCCAUUGAUGAGUGUGAAGCGGCUGAUGUGGCACUUGUCUUAGGCACGUCCUUACGUGUUGAACCGUUCUCGGAAAUGGCAGGAGAGUAUGCAGGCUCCUUGUGUAUUGUGAAUUUACAGUCUACGACAACAAAAUUAGAUCGACGUGCUGAGGAAACAGGUGUCCGGUUGUUUGAGAAGACAGAUAUUGUCAUGGAAAAGACCAUGCAAUUUUUGAUGAACGACCCAACGUAUCGCGUUCCAAAGUGGACGGGUGAGCAUCCAGACUCUGUGUUUAUUCUGGAACAUGAGAGCUCGAAUCUUGUUAACGUUCUCGCUGGCCGAAUUUCUUCCUGA